AUGGUUUCCAACAAACUCGUUGCGGCUUUAACCGCAUACUCGGCCGUUGCUGCCGCUGUUCCCGUUGCGUCCCAGACAAAGGGCUUCUCCUUGGUCCAAGAGGCGAUUCCCAAGUCUAGCUAUCGUGCCCCAGCUGCCCACCUCGCAAAGGCAUUGACCAAAUUCGGUGCUCCAGUCCCUGCCCAUGUUGCUGCUGCCGCUGCCUCGACCGGAUCUGUCACCACCAACCCCAGUGAUGGCGACGAGGAGUAUGUCACCAAGGUCACUGUCGGUGACUCCACCUUGAACCUCGACUUCGACACCGGGUCCGCUGAUCUCUGGGCUUUCUCCGCUGACACCCCGUCGAGUGAGCGUUCCGGACAUAACUAUUACAAGCCUAGCGACUCUGCUACCAAGGUUAGCGGUGCCUCUUGGGACAUCAGCUACGGUGAUGGCAGCUCUGCCUCGGGUAGCGUCUACAAGGACACCGUGACCGUUGGCGGCGUCACUUUCGACGCACAGGCCGUGGAGGCUGCUUCUUCCGUCAGCUCGGAAUUCACCCAAGACACCUCGAUUGAUGGUCUCUUGGGUCUCGCUUUCAGCAGCAUCAACACUGUUUCCCCUACUCCCCAGAAGACGUUCUUUGACAACGUCAAGAGCUCGCUUGACAAGCCCCUUUUCGUCGCUAUCCUUAAACACGACACUGCUGGUAGCUACGACUUUGGUUUCACCGAUGACUCCAAAUACAGCGGUGACAUUGCCUACACCGAUGUCGACAGCUCCCAGGGAUUCUGGUCUUUCACCGCUGACUCCUACUCUAUUGAUGGUCAGGAUGCCGGUUCCUCGAUCGAUGGUAUUGCUGACACCGGUACUACUCUUGUUCUCCUUGACGACGAUGUCGUUGAGGCUUACUAUGAAACGAUCGACAGCGCCCAGUACGAUGACAGCCAGGGUGGCUACGUCUUCGACUGUGACGCCGAUGUCCCUGACUUCGCCAUCACUGUUGGUGACUACACUGCCACUAUCCCUGGUGACUACAUCAACUUCGCGUCCGCCGGAUCCAGCACCUGUUACGGUGGUAUCCAGUCCAACUCUGGCAUUGGCUUCUCCAUCUUUGGUGACGUCUUCCUUAAGAGCCAGUACGUUGUCUUCGAUGCUAGCGGCCCUCAAAUCGGUUUCGCUGCCCAGGCUUAA